AUGUCUGAGGGCUAUUAUAGUUCCAAGAAGACUGAUGAUAUCUGCGAUGAUGUUUGUGGACAGCAUGGAACUCCUGCAGGACUGAGCAUGUCAAGACUAAAGUGUAUUCUAAAGGGAUUGGACUUCAAAACUUACAUAUUUCUGUUUGUGAUUGUUCCGGUUGGCAUCUUCGGUCUCUAUUUGCACGGGCAGAAAAUCUCCUACUUUUUAAGGCCACUUUGGGAGGCCCCUCCAAAACCAUUCAAUGAAAUCCCUCACUAUUAUCACGAAAACGUGUCAAUGGAAUCUCUAUGCAAGCUUCAUGGGUGGGGGAUUCGUGAGUCACCGAGAAGAGUUUUCGAUGCUGUUUUGUUCAGCAAUGAAGUUGACAUCCUCACUAUCCGUUGGAAAGAGAUACAGCCUUACGUGACGCAGUAUGUACUCCUUGAAUCAAACUCAACUUUUACUGGAAUUGUCAAACCCUUGCUUUUUGCAAGAAAUAGGGACAAGUUCAAGUUUGUUGAGUCACGGCUUACAUAUGGGGUGAUUGGGGGGAGAUUCAAGAGAAAAGAAAAUCCAUUUAUUGAAGAGGCUUAUCAAAGAGUUGCCCUGGAUCAGCUUCUAAAGAUAGCAGGCAUAGAAGAUGAUGAUCUCUUGAUAAUGUCUGAUGUUGAUGAGAUUCCAAGCGCUCACACAAUCAAUCUCUUGCGGUGGUGUGAUGAAAUUCCUCCGAUUCUUCAUCUUCAGCUGAGGAACUACUUGUACUCAUUCGAAUUCUUUUUGGACAACAAAAGUUGGAGAGCUUCAAUCCACAAGUACCAGACUGGAAAGACUCGGUAUGCACACUACAGGCAGUCUGAUUUGUUGCUGUCAGAUUCUGGCUGGCAUUGUAGCUUCUGUUUCCGCCAUAUGAGCGAAUUCAUAUUCAAGAUGAAAGCUUAUAGCCAUUUCGAUCGUGUGCGGUUCCCUCACUACUUGAACCCUGUCAGGAUUCAGGAUGUGAUAUGCCAAGGGUCUGACUUAUUUGACAUGCUUCCUGAAGAGUAUACAUUUAAGGAGAUCAUUGGGAAAUUGGGACCUAUUCCUCAUUCUUACUCAGCAGUACAUCUUCCUGCAUAUUUGUUGAAUAAUGCAGAAAGAUUCAGGUUUUUGUUGCCUGGUAACUGCAGAAGAGAAAGUGGUUGA